ACCCAGAGGAACGCGCUACCUAAGCCAGCGGCAGUAACAUUUUGGUGUCAUGGCGCCGGCGCAUGCCGUUACCCCGCACGUCGUCCUGCUCCCGAGCCCCGGCGCGGGGCACGUCGCCCCGGCUGCCCAGCUCGCGGCGCGCCUCGCCACGCACCACGGCUGCACGGCCACGAUCGUCACGUACACCAACCUCUCCACGGCAAGGAACUCCUCCGCGCUCGCCUCCCUCCCGACGGGCGUCACCGCCACGGCGCUCCCGGAGGUGUCCCUCGACGACCUCCCCGCCGACGCGCGCAUCGAGACGCGCAUCUUCGCCGUCGUGCGCCGCACGCUCCCGCACCUCCGUGAGCUCCUGCUCUCCUUCCUCGGCUCAUCCUCCCCCGCCGGCGUCACGACGUUACUCACCGACAUGCUCUGCCCCGCGGCGCUCGCCGUGGCGGCCGAGCUCGGCAUCCCGCGAUACGUCUUCUUCACCUCGAACCUCCUGUGCCUGACCACGCUGCUCUACACCCCGGAGCUCGCCACGACCACCGCCUGCGAGUGCCGCGACCUCCCGGAGCCGGUCGUCCUCCCGGGAUGCGUGCCGCUGCACGGCGCCGACCUCAUCGACCCCGUGCAAAACCGCGCCAACCCCGUGUACCAGCUCAUGGUAGAGCUGGGGCUCGACUACCUCCUCGCUGACGGCUUCCUCAUCAACACCUUCGACGCCAUGGAGCACGACACACUUGUGGCGUUCAAGGAGCUUUCGGACAAAGGCGUGUACCCUCCGGCCUACGCGGUCGGCCCGCUCGUCCGGUCGCCCACCAGCGAGGCGGCGAACGACGUCUGCAUACGGUGGCUCGACGAACAGCCGGACGGAUCUGUGCUGUACGUGUGUUUGGGCAGCGGCGGCACGCUGUCCGUCGCGCAGACGGCGGAGCUGGCGGCGGGGCUGGAGGCGAGCGGGCAGAGGUUCCUAUGGGUGGUGCGCUUCCCCAGCGACAAGGACGUCAGUGCGAGCUACUUCGGGACGAACGACCGUGGCGACAACGACGACCCGAUGAGCUACCUACCUGAGGGGUUCGUCGAGAGGACGAAGGGCGCCGGGCUCGCCGUGCCGCUGUGGGCGCCGCAGGUGGAGGUCCUGAACCACCGCGCCGUGGGAGGGUUCUUGUCGCACUGCGGGUGGAACUCGACGCUGGAGGCCGCGUCGGCGGGCGUGCCGACGCUGGCGUGGCCGCUGUUCGCGGAGCAGAAGAUGAACGCCGUGAUGCUGUCGUCGGAGAGGGUUGGGCUGGCGGCGCUGCGGGUGCGACCGGACGACGACCGCGGGGUGGUGACGCGGGAGGAGGUGGCGUCGGCGGUGAGGGAGCUGAUGGCCGGGAAGAAGGGCGCGGCGGCGUGGAAGAAGGCCCGCGAGCUGCGUGCUGCGGCGGCGGUGGCAUCGGCGCCGGGUGGACCGCAGCACCAGGCGCUCGCCGGGAUGGUCGGGGAGUGGAAGGGGCGCGGUUGAUCACCACCCCGCGCGCGGAUGGAACGUCGAAGUUGAAUUUGGUUAUAAAAAAAUGAUUAAUAUACGCUAUAAAAAAUAAAGUCAUCUAAAUGGUUAUAAAAAAUAUUUUUUUAAUAAGAUAGAUUAAUAUAUGAUAAACCACUCCACAAACAUGCAAUGUCAAAUUUAACUUCAACAAGUUAAAAAACGAAUUUAAUUUGUUUUUUAUUGUAAUUUGUAGAAGUCAAAAUUUAACUUGCAUAUAUAUGAAGUGAUUUAUCAUAUGUUAAUCUAUCUUGUUGAACUUUUUUUUUAAAAAAUAUAAUCAUUUGAAUGACAUACAAAACAUCCUCUUAAAAGUUUAUAAUCGCUCACAAUAAGUACUAUUAGAAGUUGUACCAUCGGUUGCAACGCACAGUCCACACCAAUCGGAAGGUUCCAUCGAAUCAUCCUUUCUGUAAGUAUUCUCGCCCAUUUCUCAGGAAGGAAAAAGUACACCGAAGGUCCCUCAA